UCAGAACAACAACAGUCAGACUGCAGCUCGUGAUUUCUGCAGCCACCAUGGAGUCACGGACCAAAAGUCCUUUACUAAUCUUUGUCCUAGUCUUCUGUGGUCACCUGCAGCUGGGUCGUACGGGAGAUUGCCCUGCAGAUGGACGCACCUGGGUACCCGAUGAGGACAAAUGUUACCACUUUGUCCACGGGAAAGAAGACCUUAUCAAAAGUUACACCUUUGACAGAGCAAAGUCCCUCUGCCAGGGCUUUAAGCUUCUGACUAUCCAGAGUGCUAAGGAAAAUGACUUUGUCAUUCAUUAUAGCCCAGAAGUGUGGAAAAACAAUGUCAACAUCUGGCUCGGGAUGUAUUAUGACGCAGACAGUGGAGGUAUGAGAUGGUUAAAUGAGAAGCCUGUAACGUACACGAACUGGGAGUACAGCUCCGGUCAGUCAGACCUCAUGCCCAUGGAUACAUGUGUGGUUCUGCACAGCAGCUCGGGAAAGUGGGAAAACGUCAGUUGCACAGAUGAAGUGGAGAAUGGGGUCGUCUGCGAGGCCGUUCAGGAGCCAGAGAAAGCCAAACACAAGCCUAGUGCGCUGCUGUCCGCCCUGAUCAUUCUCAGCGUGGUGGCUAUCGUGGGAGUCUCUGCGGUGAUUUGGUUUGUGCACCAGAAGCACAAUCUUGGCUCCACCGUCCUCACAGCGUUCGAGUACCACCCUCCGUUCCGAGUCCUGGAGAAUGACGAGUCCUGUCUGGUGGAGACUGAGGAGACUGACAGCAUGCCGUAGGAGAACUUUCUCUCGGUUUCACAAUUUAAAAAAAGAAAAAAAGUCUCCUUCUCAGUGGGUGGCUAUUUUAGAUGCUAAGACAACUGCUAAGUCAACUGCUCAAACUGUUUUGGGUUAAACACAAUGACUGGAUAGUGAAGCAUGAUUGGGAGCAAAGCAAGCUUAGUGAUCCACACCUCUUCACUAAGGCACAAAAACAUCUCACUACUGCUUGUUUAGCUGUCUGCAUUAAUGAAAAAUUAUCAGUACACUUUUCAGAUUUGUGCAUUUUUAUCCGAACAUGCAGUACCAUCAAAUUAUGCUAGGGACAAGGCACUACACAGUUUCCCUUCGUCGUAUAAUAAGCUUACUUCUCUUCUUUUUUAGAGAGUGAUCUGUUGUAUCAAGUGCAAAGCUUACCUGUUUUUUGUGAGGAAGUAAAAAGAAGUUCAGUCUCUAGGCCGUUCCACUGAUUAAGUAUUGCACUCCUGCAAAAUUAGGAGACGAACAAGAGGAAGAUUAAUUGAAAAGGGCCAGUAUUUUCAGCAGAAUUGAAUGUAUAUUGAUUUUUAGUAUGUUAUACUUGUUCAACUCACUUAAUAAAUAAAUAAAAUGCAGGUGCCAAAUUCAAGAUCACCUUAGCUUAUUAAUGUUCUUCAAAGUGGGCCGUUUACAUGUGCACCAGAUUGCUGAUCGCAGCGGCACUUUUUGGAUUAUCCUGGAUAUGUGUUGCACAUGUAAAUGGCAUGCCUUACUUUAAGAUCUCCUGAUUUUGAGAAAUGUAGAUUUAUUAACUGGAGUUCUCUGAUAGAAACCAAGCCAUGUUGGAGUAUUAAAGCCUUAUCCAGGUUUUUGAACAUUCGUUGGAUGUAAAAAGAUGUGUGGACAUUCACCACGGUCACUAUUUGUAGAGACGGGACUAUUGUCACAAGUUAUCGCCAGCACACGGAAGGGAAAUGGCUUAAUGGCCUAAAAAAGAUUUUAGUGUCAGUAAUUGCAUGGUUGUUUCAUGCAUGUAGAUAAAAUGAAGUCACAUUGUCCAUAAAGCUUCUGUUUUUUUUUCUGUAUUAAAGACAAAUGUUGUAGUUUCUCUUCAUUGUAUUAAAGUCCCCAUGAAAUCAGAUUUCUUGAUAUAAAUCUUUGUAUAUGAGCCAUAUAGAACUAUAAAUUGGCAAUGAAUGGGUAUAUGGCCUUACAAUGACAAAAAAUAAGUAAUGCUGUCGUUCUUAGCUCUAUUUUUACCUGUGGUCCUGGAAAACAAGUAUUUAAUCAUCCUGCACUCAGGGACAUGGACUAAAUUUGAAUCCACUAUAUAUAAGGUUUUUCUUUCAAAUUUAUAAUUUUAAUUAGGGCACAGGAUACAGAAUUGUAGAGGAAACCUCAAAAUGACCAAUAGCAGACUGUUCCUCUUUAUCAGGAAGUCGGGGGAGUCAACGUCACUAACUUCUGUUUUUAUUGGAAAUCUGUGGAAACCCAGAGGCAACGGCUACCCUACUAACUCUUUCAUGGUGACUUUAAAUGGUUUGGGAUGAAUGUUUCUGCCUUUAUGUUUAUUUUUCUGUGUCAGCAGUUGGAAAAUGCAGUAUAUUUUUAUGUGAAGUGUAUUCUUGCUUAUCUGUGAAAAAGAAGCAAUCUAAGUCUUCCCAAUUCAUUAUGAAUGUAUUCUCCCACUUUGGACUCUGUAACUAUUUCCAAAAAAAGGUAUUUCUUACACUUUUCUAAAUAAAAUUCAGAUGUAAAAGUCACAAAAAGACUUAAAAAUGAAUGAAAUGAAUAUUUUCAAAAGUAAAAACACUUGCUGUAUGUGCAGAAUGGAAUGACGGUUAGUUUUGCAUGAUCUGAGUUCUUGUCUGCUUUCACAUAAUAAAACAUGAUUGACUGUA